GGUGCCAAAAGGAUUUUUUUUCCUCUCUUUUCUCUCUUUUCUCUCCUCUGUGCUAUUCUCCUUAUCACAAAAUGUCCAAAAAUAAAUAAAUAAAAUAAAAAAGUUUCUCCUUCUUUCUCAGCCGACUACUUUUAUUCUUUUCAAAUGUGAAGCAAAAAGAAAUUAAAAAGAGACGAAUACAGAACAAACGGUGAAAAUGGGAGUUGUGCCCUAAAUUUAAUAUCUUUUCUCCCCAAUUUCUUCCUUCCAUCCGCGCGCGUUGUGCCCUAAAUUUCCCCCAUUCCUCUCGUUCGUGUUUCUCCCCAUUCCGGCCAUCUUAAGUCUUGUUGCCACCACCACCCCCCUCCUGCCCGUCCGCCCAAACCUCCUCCACCAACCCGUUGCCACCACCAACCCGUCGCCACCACCCCCGUCUUCUCCAAACCUCUGCAAUCAACCUGAAGCUUCAAAUUGUGGGCGUCGGUUGUCACCCCUCCGCCGAAAAAAAUAUGAAAAGUUGACCAAGUGCCCUAAGUGUGGUUUGUCAAGGUGGAAGAUCGCUAAGAACUCAAAAAAGGAAAAAAGUGGUGUGGCUGCUAAGCAGAUGUGGUACUUUCCAAUAAUUCCAAGAUUUAUAAGAAUGUUCAAGAGAUCUGAAAAUGCUAAGAACUUGGGUUGGCAUGCAAUAGAUAGACAAGUUGAUGGUAUUUUGAGACACCCGGCUGACACUCCAUCAUGGAGGUUGAUAGACCACAUGUGGCCAACCUUUGGGUCAGAACCGAGAAAUCUUCGUUUGGGUUUGUCUACUGAUAGAAUUAACCCAUUUGGAGAUAUGUCGACGACGUACAGCCCAUCAUCACUACAAUAUACAACCUUCCACCAUGGCUGUGUAUGAGAAGAAAACAUUUGAUGUUGACAAUGUUAAUAUCAGGUCCAAAGCAACCGGGAUACGAUAUCAAUACGUACUUAGCACCUUUAAUUGAUGAUCUACAAAUGUUGUGGACGGAUGGAGUUCGUUGUUUCGAUGCAUAUAAGGAAGAAUAUUUCACACUACGGGCUGUCUUAUUGUGGACCAUCAACGAUUUUCCAGCAUACGGUAAUCUAUGCAGUUUUAGUGUGAAAGGAUAUAAGGCUUGUCCAAUAUGUGGAGAGGAGACUACUUCAAUAAAAUUGCAACAUGGAAAAAAAAUGUCAUACAUGGGACACAGGAAGUAUUUGCCAAGACAUCAUCCAUACAGAUUACAAUCUCAUUGCCAGUCUCAUUGACGAUCUAAUGGGCAACCAGAAGGGACGUAGUUUAUCUGGUAGUGACGAUGUUUUCACCCAGGCAUUGGGAGGGAAAGAUCGUCCGGGCAUACUCCGAGGCGUGGGGAAGUACGUGACUAAGAAAAAAUAUUUCUAUACCCCAAUGGAAUCUAAAGAAGGUAAUGAGGAGAGGACAGUGUAUGAGGAACAUGAUCAAAUGGCCAAACGAAUUAUCGAGCUAAAAGCGGAGUUGCAUAUAAUGAAAAAAGAUGAGUGUGCGAAAGGAGAUGAAGAAGAACAAGACCCUAGUAUGUGUUCGAAAGGAACACCAUCAAUCGAAUGGGUUUCAGAUGAUGAGACUGAAGACGUAGCCUCUGAUUCAGUACCAGAUAAAGCGGCAGACGUUGUGACAUAAGUGAAGAAAGAAGAAAAUGUGGGGGACACAAUAUCAAGUGACUUGAAGGUUGGAACUCCGUGUAUGCUUGCGUUUGAAACUAAAGAUACUAUCAUUGCACAUGGGACAAUAUUUGAUGCUGAAGGUGACGGUGAGAACAUCAAGGUAUUAGUGGAUGUUGUCCUCGAUGGCCAAUGUGUGAUUCUGAAACCGAAAAAGGAAGGAGUCACCAAACUGACGCAUGAAGUCGGAUCACAUUUAAUGUGGCCACGACAUCUUGUUCUUACUAGGAAUGAUAAGAAGGAAACUGUGGGCUUCAAUACGGAUCUGUCCACAUUCUCUAGUGCAACAUUUCUACGUGCUCCAGUGGUGCUCUGGUGUUUGGUUAGACUCGCUGAACAUAUGGGGUCAUCGAUUCAACUAAACACGCCUUCAGAGGUAUUCAGUGUGAAGAGAAAAUGUUGCAUUAUGGUUGAGUCACUGAGGGAUUUCUCGUCAAUGCAACCAAUAUGCACAUCAUGUCUAGAUGCUUACAUGAUGUACCUUCACACAAUUAUGGUACAAGGACGAAGUUCAAGCUUGUUCAAGUUCAUGGAUGCCGGAUCUGUAAGUUACUCGAGUUACAAACAAUCGCGUGCGCAGUUGUUGAAUGCUCGACUUCUCGGAGCCGAGUAUGACCAAGUAGUAUUGUUCCCAUACAACUCUGGCAAUCACUGGACAUUGGUCGUUGUUAAUCCUACAAAGGGUGCUGCAUAUUGGAUUGACCCGUUGAAGAAUCAGAUUGACGGAGACAUGAGUGAAGUGCUUCAAAUGUCAUUCAAUAUAUCAAAGAAGAAAAAACCAAAUUGGAAGGUUGUUAAGUGUCCCAAACAAAAUGGGGUGGUAGAAUGCAGGUACUAUGUUAUGCGAUUCAUGCGGGACAUAAUUUCUGCGAGGAGUACUUCGAUUGUAGAUGUCAUGAAAAGUUUACCUCCUACGUACUCUCAAGAUGAAAUUGAUGAAGUUAGAUCAGAAUUGGCAGAGUUCCUUUCUAAGCACGUACAUCGUGCUUAGCGCCGAUUAGAAAACAACAUUUUUUGAAGUAUUUUGUGGGGAUUUUUUGUUAAUAUAAUUUUGUUAAACCCGACACACAAGAAAAUGUUAAGCACAUUGUUUUGAACAGACUUAAGCAUGAAAAGGGUAAGUGAAUGGUUAUUUUAUCACAUCUAAGUAUAUGUGACUUGCUUUUAAGUAAGUGGAUAUGAAUGUGUGUUUGCUUAUUUGUUUCUUAGGAAGAGUUCGAUAUAUAUGUGACUGGCUCAUGGAAUUUUGUUAUUUGGUGCCAUACUGCAUUGGGAUAUGAAUCUUCUUGCAAUCAAAUAACUGUCGAAGUACUGCGGUUUUUCAAAAUAUGGACAGCUUUGUCAUACACAUGGGAUAAUGUUGGGCACUUCAUUCAAGUAAGAAGCUAUAGACCUAAAUUGUCGCAAACCAACAAUGAAUGGUACGUCGAUACAUGUAUGUUUUCACAUGAACCCUUCAUUCACUGUAGCACUUUUUUUGUUCAUGAACCUGAGUAGUUGCUGUAAUCUUCCUAUCCGUUUUAAUAAUCCGAGAGAAUUGGUACACAAUUAUUCAUAGUUCAUCUUUAUUUGCGAUGAUUGCCUAAUACAAACUGUUCAACUCUAAGGAUUACAAAUUUUCGUACAUGUAUUGUCGUAGCUUUUUUGUUCUAAGGACUAGGAACGACCCAAGAAGUUGUUCAAUUUGCAGUGACCAUUUGGUUGGACGUUCUUCUUCUCCUUGAUCUCUUUCUCUUCUUCUUAGGAACUUCAUUUUCAUUAUCAGAUUGGAUAUCCAUUACCAUAUUCUGUUUGCCAUCUGUAAUAUGAUAAUCUCGUUCUUCCACUUCUUCUUGCAGUGACCAUUUGUUUCUUAUCAUUAUUAGCUAUAUUAUUGGUCAAGUGAGAACUCAUAUGACAUCCCAAGGAUCUCCUACAAGCAAAACUCUUAUUACAGAGCUUGCAAACAUGUCUUGACCCUAAAUUAGCUUCCAUUCACGAAAGCCUUUAAAGGAACCACCAUGAAAACAUAAGAGAAAUUUCAACCAGAAGGGAAAAGAAAAAACACCAAAGGAAGAGAUGAAAAAGCUAAUGAAACUUCAAAAUUAAUCCAAAAGCUUGAAUUGAUGUUGCAAUUUGUGAUCUCAUAACACUAAAUACAAGAUCCAAUACACAAUGAAAAUAGAAAAACAAAUCCAACCCACAGAAUAUGAAGAGGGACCACCAUGAGUGGGACGGUUUAGAGAGGGGGGACCACAGUGAGUGGGGUAGUAAAAUGAAUAGAGAAGGGGAGAGUGAGAGGGGGUAUGUUUUUUGUAUGUGUAUUCUGGAGAGAAAGAGUAGCAGAUAGACCCUUCAAAGGCAUUCCAUCACUUGUCUGGUCUUCCAAAAUCUGGUAUUCCAUCAUCUAUGAAUUGCUAAAAAAGUUCUCUUCAUCCUUACACUUAAAGAAGAGUGGUAAUUUGAUGUGACAACUGAGUAGUUGUACUUCUCUGAGAAUAGAUUUUGAAAAUUUGAACAGAGAGCCUUCAAAGGCAUAUAAGUUUUCAUCUUUCCUUUUUAACCACAAGCCAAUCCAUUUUGGUCCAUUUUGACCACCCAAAAUACUUCGUAAAGAUCAAGAUCACUAGAACUCACUAGAACUCUGAGUAACACACUUCACAACACACCCAAAUUUUUUGAUCCUACUACUUGAGUAACAUACUAGAACUCUGCAUCACUUCACAAUACAGGAUUUGCUAAAAAACUAUUAUUUCCACUUCAACCAACUAUCUUUGAUAAGCCAAUUCUAAAACAAAACUAAGCAUAUCAUCUCUUGAAUAUACCCUUAUAAAGAAAUUUAGAAAAUAUACCAACAAAAGAUCAAGACCAAGCAGAGAAGUCCAUUUAUCUUCAUGCAACGCAAAGGAAUCACCCAAAACUACCCAUCUUUCCAAGGCAACUUUAAAUCCACAGGUUUUUUCUUCUAUUUUUCAACUUGUUGUUUGCUUUGUUUGCCUAAUGUAGUCCUCACGUGCUUGUUUUCAUUUCAUGGAAUCAAGUGUUCAAGUUCUUGUUUGUGUUCUGUAUUUUGUUGAGACAUUUAUUUAGUUACUCAUUGAGUGUACGUAUAAUUUAAAACGUACGAUAUUGAUAUCGAAUAUGCAAUGGUUUAGUCCAUUGCAACUAAAAAUACUUUGUUCCUAAGCAAUUUGUGGAUCUUCCCAAGCUUAGUUUAUUUUGAAACAGAAGCAAAACUUUGUUAAGGAAUGUUUUUGACCAUGUGGCAAAUGAAAUUCAUGCGUUCCUCUAUUAUAUUUAUUCUAAGCCGUUAUUUUACAACAUAAGCUCACUCUUAAAUUAGUUUAUAGGUUUUGGUUGCUGAUAUUAAAUUCUACAAACGCUCAUCAAGUACAUGGUUAGGAAAUAAGUUCUUGAUAUAUAUAAUGGUUCUUUUACAUUCAAAUUACUACAUGGUAAUCCUCCAUUUUCUUCUUUGUUGUGGUAAUGCUGGUACACAAAUGUAUGUGUUAUGGAUACUUAUAUUCAUGUUGUCUUUGUAGGUUCAACUAGAGUGAACAACUUCAUGAGUUUUAUUUCAAAGAACAUUUCCAGAGACGAACAUUCUCGGUUGGUCGUUUAUGCUUCUGUAGAAAAUCUUGUUAGAUGUAUUCUAAUGCUAUUUAAAUUUUUUUUUGAUUAAGGGCUAGGAUUCCGUAUAUGUGGAUUAUUGAAACUUGUAUUGAGAUGUACAAAUAUUAUAAAUUGUAUUAUAGUGUAUAUAUAUUAAAGUGUUGGCUA